AUGAUCGAAUGCGAUGAUUUCGACCUUGACACUGGUUUCUACCUGAACUUCAUGCAUUCGCUUUCUGUUGUGGCAGUUCCUUUGAAUGUGCUGAGUAUAUUCUGUAUUCUCUACAAGUCAACGAAGCAAAUGGGGUCUUAUAAAUGGUAUUUGCUGAUCUACCAGCUGACAUCGACCGGUAUUCGAUCUCACUUACCUGGCACUCACUUUGCCGAUAAUAUUCUUCCCAAUACCAAUGGGUUAUCCUGCUUCAUGGAUUGCGCCAUGGAUUUCCAUCACCAGCCACUUAUCAGUUCUCCUGGUUGUUUACAUAGGUUCAUUUCUUGCUGCUACCAUCGUCAGCCUGUUUAUAUAUCGGUGCCAUGUCGUCACUCCGACCGUUCAUUUCUCGAGAAUCAACAGUCACGGAGUAUACAUGCGCAAGAUCAGCUCUGUCUGUUCCCCGACUUCAAAUUUUUAUCCCGUAUAAACUGCGAGCAAUUACCAUAA